AUGGGAGGGGCUCCUGCUACUAUCAAGUGCUAUCAGAGUUGUGAAUCGGGUCACUGUUCCAAUGAAUAUGAUUUUCCUGCUAUGUUGGGAUUGAAAUUGUCUUCUAUGGAUGGUACUAUGGAAAUAGAUACUCGUGCUAGUGGUUUUUUUACUACUAGCUUUGUGUGUAAGGGAUGUCCUUUGACUAUCUUUGAUAAGAGUUUUAUGAUGGAUUUGGUGUGUCUACCCUUGCACCAAAUCGAUGUGAUUCUUGGAAUGAACUGGUUGGAUUUCAACUAUGUUCAUAUCAAAUGUUACAAUAAGACGUUAAGGUUCCCCAAGUUUGGGGAUAAUGGAGAGAAUUUGUUGUUGACUGCUAAGCAAGUGAGUGAAUGCAUUAGAGACGAGGCUGUGUUGUUUGCAAUGUUUGCGUCGUUACAAAGUGACCAUGAAUCUGUAAGUGUUAAACUUUCGGUUGUUUUUGAGAUUCUAGAGGUGUUUCCGGAUGAUAUAAGUGAUUUUCCUCUAGAACGUGAAGUAGAGUUUUCUAUAGAGUUGAUGUCAAGUCAAGUCUAG